AUGGCUCCCGCACCAAUCUCAUUCCGCGAGGAAAUCAAGGACGUUGCCCCGCCGCGCAAGGAUUCUCUGCGUCUUCCGGAGCCGACGCGCAGGCGUCUGGAGAAGGCCGGCAUUGACCUGUCCAAGGGCUACCCCUACCGCCCCGCACGUCCGCUCUACCUUGACGAUGUCUACAAGAUUCGCGACUACGACCGCCCCUUCGUUGACCCGGGCUCCCGCGCCGACCCCGAGAAGAAGGCUCUCCUUUCAGCCGCCGAGAAGGUCAUUGACUUGACAACACACAUCGGCACUGAGAUUGUUGGCCUGCAGCUCAAGGACCUGACCGCCCAGCAAAAAGACGAGCUCGGCCUGCUGAUUGCCGAGCGCAGCGUCGUCUUCUUCAGAGACCAGGACAUCUCCCCCCAGCAGCAGAAGGAGCUCGGCGAAUGGUAUGGCGAAAUCGAGGUUCACGUGAGUACCACCUACCCAGCAUCCAACCAAAUCCCAAACAGGAAAACAGCCACUGACAUCUCUCUCUCCCUCUCCACCAAACAGCCGCAAGUCCCCCACGUCCCCGGCGUCGAGGGCGUCACGGUCAUCUGGCCGGAGCUGCAGUCGACGGAGCGCCCCUCCAACUUCCGCAAGCCAGGCGGCGCCUCGCGCUGGCACACGGACCUCGUCCACGAGCGGCAGCCCGCGGGCGUCACGCACCUGCACAACGACGUGAUCCCGUCGACGGGCGGCGACACGCUGUGGGCGUCGGGCUACUCGGCCUACGAGAAGCUCUCGCCCGCCUUCCGCAAGCUCAUCGACGGCAAGCACGCCGUCUACCGCUCCGCCCACCCCUACCUCGACCGCGAGAAGCCAGAGGAGGGCCCCAAGUGGAUCGAGCGCGUCCACCCGCUCGUCCGCACCCAUCCCGCCACCGGCUGGAAGAGCUUGUACGUCAACCGCGCCAUGACGGAUCGGAUCGUCGGGUUCGACAAGGCCGAGAGCGACUUGAUUUUGGGGUACCUGUUCGAUGUGUAUGAGAGGAAUGUGGAUAUCCAGUUGAGGUUCAAGUGGACGCCGGGCACGAGCGCGCUGUGGGAUAACCGCAUCACCAUCCACAACGCCAGCUGGGACUACGGCAACAGGGAGCCCAGGCAUGGCACCAGGGUGACUUCGCUGGCCGAGAAGCCCUUCUUCGACCCCAACGCGCCGACGAGGAGGGAGGCCUUGGGUCAGGUGCACCCGGAUGAGCUGAAGGAGCAGGGUCUUCCUGGCUAUUAG